CAGAAGGAGCAUCCACUGGUCUCAGAAGUGACAGGCCAUGAGCAAGAUGACAUGAUUCCACCAGGUGCCUUUGACCAACAAGAGUCUGAGUUCCAGUGGACCCGAAACAUCAGGGACCAGCCUGAGGACAUGUCCACUAGUGACAAUGCUGUCCAGAGGUUUUUCAGUGACCUCGUGGGUUUACCCUGGAGGUACCGAGGCAGAAGCAAGAAGGGUCUAUCCAGGGGCUUUGGAGUCAAGCUGGACAGAAUUGGGUCACUGAGUGGACUAGGAUGCUAA